GUAGUUCAUAGCUGCAGCCUGGAAGUAGGUAUUGUAGCAUUUAUGAACUCCACAUCCCAGAGUGCUUUGCCUUUGGCCAUACAGGAAAGGGAACAGCCGGUAGCCUAUCCUAGCGGGGAGGUGUGGUGAUUGAGCAGCCAGCAGACCAAUCGCAGGGGGAUGUGAAGCCAGAGCAGUGGGCUGAAAAUAGAGUGGGGGAGUUGGUAGGUGUCUGCCUGUGUGGGAUCAGGCAAGGGCUUGCCUGUGUAACCAGGGCUGCUCAGAAGUUUCCUGUCUGCAAUUGCUCCGGAGCAGGACCCUGCCAUACACAGAGGCAGACAAGCGAGCAGGCAGGCAGAAGACUGAGCUGUCCCAGAGGGAAGUAAAAUUCUGUCCAGCCGACAGGCAGACGGGCAGACGGCAGGACGGACGGACGAGCGGCGGCUGCGAUUGGCGGCUCGGCGGCAGGCUGGUGGAAAAUGUCGUCGGGAGCUGGUGGGCGGGGAAGACGGCAGGGGAGGACCUGCAGUAGUGCGGGUGAGGUUGAAGAAGGCCCAGUCGGUAUCCCUUUCCCUGAGCACAGUGCUGACCUGCUGGGCAGUCUCAACCGACAACGGCUAAGCGGGCUGCUCUGUGAUGUACUGCUAGUGGCCCAGGAGAGAGAAUUCCCUGCCCACCGCUCUGUGUUGGCUUCCUGUAGCACCUACUUCCACAAGCUUUUCACCUCGGGUCUCGCUGCUGACCGUCAGAAGGUCUAUACGCUGGACUUUGUGCGACCUGAGACGCUGGCUGACCUCCUUGACUUUGCCUACACGGCCACACUCACAGUCAGUCGCAACAGUGUGGUUGACAUCCUAAGUGCUGCCCGUGUGCUGGAGAUCUCACCUGUCCAUGAAGUCUGCACACACCUGCUGGACACCAAAGUGCUCUCCCCGCCGGCGGGCAGUGAGCAAGAAGACGACGAGGAAGAGGAGGAGCGAAAAAAAAAUGGAAAAGAGCAGGGCAUCCGGUUGCGUGCCCGGGAGUACCUGGAAUAUUUCCAGAGGGGGGCACAUUGGGGUAGCAGCUGCAGCACGCCAGAGCUCAGGGACCUGCCCGCACACCUGCACUUUAGCCAACGGAACGGCGCUGACAGCAAUGGAACGCCCACCGGCCCUCCUGACUACUACUCGCCACUUGCCCAGGCCCUAGCGCAACCACCUCAUGACCCCGAAGAUGACUAUGUCGACGAGGAUCGCCGGAAUGGAGCUCGAGGAAAAGGUGCUGAAGCUAUGAUGUCCUUUUAUGCUCCUACUCACAAUGGACAUUUCUACCUCCAUCAGGCAGAGCCCAAAUCCGAGAGAGAGGUGGAAGUGCCAGGGGAGCGUGAGCAAGGCUCAGCAAGUGCUUUGCUACAACAGAUGAUGGACUCCUUGCAGCAUAAAAGGGAGCAGGCCAUAGCUGGUGUGGGUGAGGAGGACAGGCCGGAGAGUGAAGAGCCAGACGUGGAGUUUUACUUGAAGUACUUUAAUAGUGCACAGCAAGAGGAGAUCACCAGUUCCCCCAUCUCACCAAGUCUACUACCAAUGUGGUCCAUGAGAGGCAGCGGAGGUGGGAACCAAACAAGUGGAGGGAGUAACAGUGGAGAGAGGAAGAUGCGCUCUAAGGCCUUCCAGAAGUGCCCCAUCUGCUCCAAGGUCAUCCAGGGUGCAGGCAAGCUUCCACGGCACAUCCGUACACACACGGGAGAAAAGCCCUAUGAAUGCGCCAUCUGCAAAGUGAGAUUCACCAGGCAGGACAAACUAAAGGUUCACAUGCGCAAGCAUACAGGAGAGAAGCCUUACCUGUGUACCCAGUGUGGCGCAGCCUUCGCCCACAACUACGACCUGAAGAAUCACAUGCGUGUGCACACAGGCUUACGUCCCUACCAGUGCUCCAGCUGUUUUAAAACCUUUGUGCGCUCGGACCACCUCCAUCGUCAUCUCAAGAAAGACGGCUGCAAUGGAAUCCCUUCCCGACGAGGCCGCAAGCCACGCAUACGAGAUCCUGAGCUCUUAGAAGGUCCUCUGGAAUUCCAUGGCCCAGAAGCGGACAUCGAGAGAGGGCGACGGCAUCCAGACGGGGGGAGCGGAAUGUCAGUCAUGGAGGAAAAUCAUGGUAGUCACACGCACAGUCCGGUUCCUGAUGGGGAAGAUAGUCAAGAUAUGAGCCUAGGACAAAGGGAUAUCGCGACUACGUAAACCAGACUUUAUCGGAGAGGGCUUUACUCGAAAAGCAGAGGAAGAAUUCAGUGGAAAAUAUAAGAAAAAAAAAACUUAAAACUACAUGGUCCUCUUUAAAAAACCAAAUCAGGGUGUCACGCAAAUCUAAUCUCCUAGUUUCUUUUUGCUGUUUUUUAGCUUUCGCAUUCCAUAUAGAGACUUAACCAACGAGUUAUUGGUCUGUCGAAGAGCAAAGAGCAUUUCAAAUCACUUACCCACGCCGUCACCAUCUUUCAGUUUUUUUUGUUGGUCUUCUUUGUAACAUUGGCCAUGUGUGUACGAGAAAAAGCUACUAUGCAGUUGAAACAAGUUCAUCUCCAGGUCACAUCUGCAAGGCCUCGACUUAAAAAGUAAGGUGUCAAACACCAGGCUGGCUGCUGGAUCAACAGGUUAGCUACGAAUGGUCUAAGAUGUGAUAGGCAACCUCUUUUUCUAAUGCAACGUGUACAUACACUAUGUCUCAGAUUGCAAUAUAUGCAAUACUCUGAUGCAGCACCUUUUUUUCGCUAAAUGUUCCAGAAAGAGUCACACCGUGUCUACACCGGAAGUGUUGCGGCGCGAUGCGACGAGACAAUAGAAAGCAUUAGAACCCAUUGUAAUUUUAAAUAUUGUCCUCGCAGGACGCGGCGCAAUGCGGAAAUCCCAUUAGAACAAGCCACGUGUCGCAUCGCAUCCGGUGUAGAAACGCUGUCAGACAGGGGUUUGAUUUUAAGUGUUACUUUCUCAUUAAAAGUUUAUUUUGUUUUGCGACAAAAGAAAAAUUUAAAUUAUAAUCUUAAUGGGGUUUAAUGGUUAACUUUUAAGUUGAAUCCACAUACAGAGCUUCAUAAUUUCUUUUUUUGGGGGCAGGAAGAGGAUAAGAGAAGGGAUGAGGUCCUGUGUUUCUAAAGCACUACCUUCAUCCGAUCGCCACUGGGCACAAUCAUGUUAAAUCUUACCUCUCACAGGCCUGCGUUUCCUUCUUGGCAGUCUUACUUGCAUCAUAAGUCUUAUUUUUGGGAUUGUCUUAUUAUUUUGUUGUUAUUGAUGUUUUUUUAGUUGAUUCUUUUGGGUACUUGACACUUUACAUUUGUAUAUGUGUGUAUAUAUUGGGUUGUAAUGUUAUGAGACCCUUUAUAAGAUAUAUAUUUCACAUAGAAAGGGUUACAGCUUCCUUAGCUUCACUCCAGGUUUCUUAAUGGGUUGUGUUUGCGGGUGGGAUACGCUUUGUGACCUUUUAGAGAAUUAUAACCGAAAAACCCGUUUUUCCUAAACUGCACUUAAUGGAACCCUAAAGUUUCCACCUAAAGUAUGAAUUGUAAUAAAUGUGCUACAGUUUGAAUGCUUCAGCAGAUGAGUGAAACAGUAUGCAACAGUGAAGUGAGGCCGCCACUGUUAUACAAACAGCUGGUGAACAAGCUAAGCAGGGAAUCUUAUAUUUGUAUGUUUGUUUUAUUGGCAAAAGAGAGAUGAGCACCUUUUUAUGCAUUUGCACAGCUUUAACUAAAGAUAUCAGAGAGAGAGAAAUAUCUAUUUAAGAAGGCCGUUUGGGUUGGGAUACAAAGUGCUUAUUCAAUUUCUUUGCCCAAGGGACCAUAGUCAAGAAAAGCGAUAAGGUGAGCAAUAAAUUAAUGUCCAACAUGGAAGUUCGAAUAAGCACACAGCUGUGGCUGAGUUAAAGGGGGGUCCCGUUUUUAGCACUUGAAACACGAAAAUUGUUUAUUAAUGCAUUUUAUAUACAUGCAAAUGGGAUCAAAUAUAGAAAAAUCUUGAUUGAUAGAAAGAGAGUAUGUGUCCUAAAGACAGAGACUUUUACCAUAAAGUAAUAUGUGCUUCCUUGUGUUGGUUAGAAAGGGUGCAGCAACAGCCUUCAGCCACAAUUGGGCGAAAGGGGUCUGGAGCAUCAUCAGGCAGGUUUUUUUGGGCAUGUCAAGACAGGCUCUGCCAAAAAGUAGGUGCUUUGGUUAUAUUAGUACAUAUACCAGGACGAGACUUGUAGCAGAGUCUUUUGUUGUUGAUUUAGUCAGAUCUUAAUCGCUGGUUAUUUUCUAUCGUUGCUGGGAUAUUAGCCCAUUCAGUGGCUGAGGAUACGCAAUUUAGUUUUUUCAUGGUGAAUGCAGUUUUCUGUAUCGAACCUACGAUGAUGCUGUACCCUUGUCUUGUGCACCUUAAUAAGAAAGAAGCAAGAUUUGAAUGCACUUUGUUACUGAGAAGGGCACUUUUUAGUAAAAAAGAAAACGGGUACGUUGAAACAAAAAAGUAAAUGUGCUAAAAUAUGGCCCAUUCGAAUGGCGAUGCUCAGCUUGUUAUGUUUUUUUUCUUUUGACUUGUUUUUUAGCUUGUUCGUCUUUGACAUCUAGCUGCCAAAACGGUGCACACAGUCACUCGAGAAAAGAAGGGCAGGGUGAAGAUAUUUUGUUGUCCGAAAAUGUUGGUUGAUAUGAUAUUAGCAUAAAAAAGAGUAAAUACCCUAAGAAAUGUAUUAAUAUGCCUAAUGACUAAUUGCACUUAAAGUUGAUAAAAAGGUUAAAAAGUUCUCUAUUUGGUCUUAAUACAAAGAAGAGUGGCAGGAAACGUGGCUGUAUGUAAGACUCAGGGUUUUAACUUCAGCCAUGUACUUUGUUUAAAAUCGUCACGUGUCUGUCAGUACAUUGCGGUCCCUGAAAAUACACCUACGUACUGUUGUUCACCUUAGCUAGGAAAGAUUUGAGCGGUUGAAAGGUUUGUAUGACUGGAUAAUAUAGCAGUAGCUGGAAAUUCCAGUGUGUGUCGUUUCACACCCCAAAACACGUUUGCUUGAGUUUAUGCGGUAACGCAUUGACUUGGGCUAUCUCCUGUACACUUAUCAACUGUCACUCGCAACCUGCCAUCAAUACAAUGUAGCUUUUAAAUUAGUUUUUGAGGAUGUUUUGUACCAUUGUCACGGCCCGAAUCCAUCCUCCCUCAUUACAGAGGCAGCAGUGAGAGCGAAAUUUGUUGGGACGAAAACAUACCUGAGUUCCCUUGAUAUUGUUUGUUAUUCAUUUUCUGUGAUCGUUAGUGUGAGACUUUUACAUUUUAAACUUGCAAUGCUUUCUUGAUGUUUUAUUGUUAAAUGUGUCACGUCUGAUUUAUUUUUUCUAGCUAAGAUAACGCUAGCUGUGUGGGUGGGGUUUAGCAAGGAGUCAAGGUUAAAUGGUGGUGGAUAUUGGGUGGGAGGGUAUUAGGGGGUACAAAGCCUGAUAGCACUGGAAAUGGUGCUUUAGCUGAGAAAGAGUUUUUGCACUAAAUGUCACUCAUGUCCUUGGAAAAAGGGGGGGGGAGCUUUGACAAGACCUUUAAGUUUCAGUAAAUGCAUUAAAUAGUCUCCACUUCAUUUCCCACAACAUACAUCUGCGACUAACCUUUUGAAAACCAAAGUAUGGGAAUACUUGGAUAACUUGAAGUUUCUAGUCAAUUAGGUUUUUGCAUCAGAUGCACUUGUAUAUAGCAAAGCUAAAUGAUUUCCUAGACUAGUAUAGAUUAAGUGUCCACAACAACCCAGAAGUAAGCUACUUGAGAACAAUAUUCACGGAAUGGCUUGUAUCCAACAGGAUCAAACGUUAAGCGUCUGUUUCUACAAAGCAGAUUGGUGGAGUUAUUAAAGGUCUAGAUUCCAGAGGGAGUCAUUGGCUUUCUCUGGGGUGGCUCAAUGGGUCCGAAAAGGAGUUCAGGAGCAGAGUCUUGAAGCUUGACAAUUGGAGAAGGAUUGUGGAGAGAAUGUGCCUUAACAUAACAGGAGAAUGGGAGGGUUCUUCAAAUGGUGGCUUCCAUUCCAGCUUUCUAAAUUAUUCUUGAAUACUUGUGUCAGAUAUCAAACACGGUUUUAUCGUGGACGUUUGUAAGAACCAAAAAACGUUCGUCCAGAGCUUGUCUAACACACCUCAACUUGUAAAUACUAACUAAUAAUCACAGUCGUCCGCUGGGAAAUGUUCAUUGCAGUGAUGAGAUUCUUUUAUCUUCCAUUUUGCGCUGUUUAUUGCUUCCGCCCUAAUGAUAACUUCACUGACAGACACUACGCAGAGAAGGUGUCACGAAACCCUGCAGAAGCUGCAGCAAAUAUCUGACUGCAGAAGCUUAUGAAAUAUCCAAAUCUUAAUCUUCUUUGUGUCUUUGUUUAACUUAUUGGACAAAAGCAUUAAAGAUUACAAUGACUGUAAUAAUCAUGGAAGAUCAUUUGCUUCAACCAAUGUUUUGUAGAUUAUCUGGCUGGGCCGAAGCACAACUAGCUGAGGACACCAUAAUGCACGGCUAGUUUCGCAUAGUUCUUUUGACUUGACCCACUCCAGGAGUUGCUUGUGGGCAGUGGGUACUAGUUUGCACAGUUUGGGGAGUGCAGGUGGCAUUGUUUGUGCAGGUUGGGCAGGGAAACAGGGCUUAUAGUGCUUGGGAGAGCCACGUCAGGUAUUGCUGUGCCAUUAUGUGUACCUAAGGAAUUAUAGCCAUCUAAGUCUUUGACUGCCUCAGCUGGUUAUGUUUCACCGAUCAAGGGGAUCUUCUGGAGAGCAAAUGUCAGAGUGUGUGGUCGGAGGAGGCAGUGGGAUUUCAGGGGAUUAUGGGCCGUCAUCGAUGCUUCUCAGGUUAAAUAUCAGUCCAUGUCCAUUUCUAUUCUUUGGUUUAAGCUCAAAUUUUGCCUUCUAUGUAAUCAAAGCUUUAUUGUACUGAAAGUACACCAACCGAAUAUAUAUUAUGAGUUUUGAAGAUACUAUAUCAAAGCCAACUCACCCAUGUGACCACAACACCCUCAUUGUUUGCCUAAUAACUGUACAUUCUUGUCUAGAAAAGGUCGAUGUUCAGUUUAUGGACAUGUGUUAACAUUCUAGAAAUGAGGGUGGAUGGACUGUACAGGCUUUCGAAGGAAGCCAUAACAGCAGUGAAUUGUGGGACGGAGACUGUAAAGUCUGGGGUCUUCAACAAGUCAAGGAUGCAUUCCAUAACUUCCUCUUAACCAUAAUAAUUGUUAGAACGAACAGAUGCUGAUAGAGGAAAAAGAGGUGUUUUUUACGUUUAAAAGGACUUUGUUAAAGCUUGGAUUUCUUAUUCCUCUAUCCCGAAUGUCCAGAGAAGGGAAUGUGUCGGGCUUUACAAAGCCAUAAAGCUGAUUGCAGUUCUGUGAUUGUAACAAAAAGCACUUUGCGAAAGGCCAUCCAGAAUAUUGUGUGCUGUCUUCUUUGAUUAAUACUGUUGUUGUUUUAUUGUUGUUUUUUUCUCUUGUUGAUGCUUUUUUGUUAUCUCAAAGUGGAUGUAUUGAUUUAUUUAAAUGCAAAUACUACAUGAAAAGAAAAGAAACUUGAAUAUGCGAUAUAUUUGGGUUGAAGUCCAUUUGAACUGCCGCCCCGUACAUACCACAUCUCCGUAAAGACACAGCAAAAUAAGGAAUGACGUACAUUCAAGAUGUCGUACAUGUAGUCUUUUUUUCACAUGGAAACCCUAAUGUCAAGAUAUAAAGACUAACUCAUGGAUUUUCACUAUUCUGCUUAAUAGACAUAGAAUUUAUAAGAAAGUAGAUCUAGAUUAUUUGCAUUGUUCGGGCCUAAACAACCCAAACAAUAUUUAUGGGCUUUACCUUGCAGUCCAACCUCUUAAGGCAGUCAGGUUGGAACAAUAUUAAACUUUUUUGCAUAUGGUUGAGAUACGAUAUCUCUAAUUACUUUCAUUAUAUGUUGUUAGAUGGAAAACCAUUAGCAUAAUCUAAAUCCCACAUUGCAUCAUGUGUAUGUUUUUUAAAGAGUGAAACUGUUUUUGCAACUUUCCAGAAGUUUAUAAGGGACUCAUUACACGCUUUAUUCCAAGCUCUUGUACAUUUCAUGUAUGGAAUCUGUACACAUAAUUCCUCAAGCGAGUAUUCAGAUGAACAGAUGCAACAAUUUCUUUUUUCAGGCUUUCGGGGCACUUUCUAACACUUGCGUAGACUUUGGGGCGGCAGAGAAAUUCCCAGUGUCUCAGGCUUGGACAGCAGAAACCCUGUUUUAUUUUUUGGUUAAAUCAAGUCCUGUACCUUCCAUUGUCUUUCAGUGUGUGUUGAAGCUAUAGAGAUGUAUUGGAGAAUUUGGGAGAACUUGCACUUUUGGCGAUGAAAAGAAUUUGUAUUGUAUAUGAGACCACUAAACCUACAUCGUCUAAAUCAAACAAUUCCAUCUUGUUUUCCUUUGUCAUUUUGAUCUAUUUUUUCUGUACUUUUUGUUUUGUUUUUAUUUUUACAAAAUAUAUCCAAAAUGUCUGACGUUUAAAAAAUAAGACAUUUCUAUUAAAAACAGAAUGUUUACGACCUGUC